AUGGACGACUCCCCCCUCUUGACGCCUGAGAAGCGAGCCGCUCGAUGCGCGCCGCCCGGAAUCUCUGCUGUGGCCUCGUCGAAUGGAAAGCGAUCGAGGCCCGAAGAGACCCUCCCGACGCCACUACCUACGCCUACGCCCUCACCUUUUGUGUGUGGCUUCGGCGCUUCCCCUGCCGCGGAGAAGUACCGCAAGAUCGAAAAGGUCGGCGUUGGAGCCUACGGAAGUGUUUUCAAAGCAGAGAACACUGAGACCAAAGAGAUAGUUGCGAUCAAAGCAGCGUCGAGGAAGGAAGACCCCGUUUGGGGCGGAUUUCCUCUUAGUUUGCUGCGAGAGAUCAGCAUCCUACGGAGCGUCCGGCACGAGAACAUCGUGCAGAUGCACGAGAUCGCCCACACCACGGGAGGUGACCCCCUGAUCGUGAUGGAGUUUUGUCAGGCGUCUUUACUGGAACUGAUUCAUUCGCCGAAGCACGACCUGUCCUUCAGCGAGAUCAAGUACAUUAUUCGACAGGUCCUGGAUGCCACAGGCCACCUGCAUCAGCGAGGCAUCUUGCACCGGGAUUUGGCUACCAAGAACGUCCUGUUCAACACCUCCGGCGAGAUCAAAGUUUGCGACUUUGGGAUCUCUCGCGUGGCUUUCGGCCAGGACGAUGGUUUCGGCUUCGUUUCGGCCAAGGGACUGGAGCCUCCCAUGAUGAUCGUCUCGCUGCCUUAUCGCGCCAUCGAGCUUCUGAUGGGCGACAGGCACUAUGGCCCUGGCUUGGACAUCUGGUCUGUUGGGUGUAUCUUGGCAGAGAUCCUUCUUUGCCAAACAGGCCGACGACAGCCGUUCUUUGGUGGAGACCCAGAAAAUCCCAACAAGACUGUUCUGGCAUAUGUCGAAGAGAUCUUCUCCAUCAUGGGCAAGCCCACCGAUGAGACAUGGCCAGGUUUGUGCAAGCUUCCGAACUACCGGACCUAUGUGAGUGCCAAGAUUUCCAGCGCCAAAGCCCACAAGGAGCAGGGGGAUGAGCGCGGAUUCCUCCGACGCUUCUUCCGCUCUGGAAUUGGCAAGCCGGCAGACUCCAAGUACUGCCUCACUGAGAGUUUUUUCGAGAUGCUGGGCGGUUUGCUUGCGCUAUGCCCGAAGCAGCGCGUGACAGCUGCAGAGGCGAUGCAGCACCCCUUCUUCACAAAGGAGAAGCCAGUGCCAGAAUGGCACGCGUGGCAUUGGGCUUUGGCAAGUGCAGACAUCCCACGUGGCGAUGAAGCACGCAAGAAGAACAACAACGAAGAUGAGGCCCGCAAGCUGCUCAAGCAACUCAGCAAAGACGACGUCGGUGCAGAAGAUGCAGGUGACAAGACAAACGGUGGCAAGGCGAAAGCUGUGUUGGAGAAGUGGCGAGAGCAGGCAGAGAAGCGACAGCAGCAGGAAAUCAAGCGAUCCAACUCCAUGAAGUCGGCAAAGGCCCACAUGCACAACCACAGCUGGCAGAAUGUGCGCUGCGAUGCCCACGGAAUCUGCUGGGAUUGCCUCAAUCGCUACGUGGAACUGCAGAUUCUUGACGAGGGCCGGUUCAACCUGAAAUGCCCGGGCAUCGGCUGUGCCUACCGCCUCCUGCCGCUCGACGUCGAGCGGGCCCUGGAGCGGUCCUCGGCGGAGCGCCAGGAGCUGGCCCUGGCACGCUACAGCAGCAUGCGCAGCGCAAGCCAUGGUGAGCGGCUCCGCGAAGUUGUCUUGGGAGCCUCGGGGCCCUCCCAGGGCUGGCUGCUGCAGGAGUGCCAAGUGUGCCCGCGUUGCCUUUCUUUGGUUCGACGCGAGACCGGCUGCAACCACGUCUUCUGCCGCUGCGGCUGUGAAUUCUGCGUGGCAUGCGGCAGUCCCGAUGAGUGUCUCUGCAGUCAGCUGGUGAUGGACACAAACAUCGUCUUCGCAGCCUGGCUCCGGAUUUCCCCGGAUUCGCCAGUGGCAUGGCUCAAGGAUGCUGCGCAGCCUUCCGUACCUGAGCGGCUGCUGACCACUCUGGCCUUUUGGCUGUGGAUGGCCUACAUCCCAGUGGAUGUGCCAUGGGCGCGUGCCUUGGAAGAAGAGCCGGAAGCAGAGCUUCCCAUCCCGCCGCUCCGGUGGCGCAACAAUGAGGGCGAGUGGCUAUACAUCAACGAGGAGGAGGCGUUCGAGGAAGCCUCCUUCGCACAGAUCGUCCACCAUCCGGUGGACCGCUUCUCGCCCUUGGCCUACGUCGAUGGUGAAGAGGCGGAGGACUUUUUCCAGGACUACCAGCGCGCGCCCCGUCGGCCCUGGAGGCUCUUUGCCACCCAACGCGCCUCGCGGCGUCAGGACCGGCAUCAUUACGUGCCGCUGCGCUGGAAAGACGUGCGACCAUGGACUGGUGAUGACGCAGCCGCGCCCCUUCGACGUCGAAGGCAGCCGCGAGCUGUGGCGGCGGGCGCCCGCGCUGCAGAACAGGCUGCAGCCGCCGCACGCAAAGUGCAGGAGCUGCGCCGCCGCCGCCAAAAGUCAAGGAGAUGCUUCAGGGAGGAGCUUGUACAGAUGGAGUAG